AUGGCACAGCAAAAUUCGGAACAGGAUCCAUUGUUGCAACAAGAAGGAAAUCCGAAUGAAAACAAUCAACUUUCUAUUCAAUUAGCUCUUCAACAACGAGAAGAGGUAAAUGCUCUUCACAGAGCAAUGUACAAUUUGGAUGAUGUUCACGUGGAGAAAACGUUCAACACUAACAACAGGAGGGAAUGGGGAAAAUUAUUGAAAGAGAAAUCAAUGCCUACAAAUGAUGACAAAUAUCCGAAAGGGUUUACCGCCAUUGAGCUGCUCGCUUUUCGAGAAGGAUCCAUACUGCCGGAUGAAGAAAGCAAUAUGCAAAAGCGUGCAGAAAAAAUUCUCGACAUUCUCGACAAAAAUUUUCGACGGGAAAUCGAAGACAGGAAACCGUUGACUACUCUUUUGCAUUAUACAGUGAGGAAUGGGAAUUCAUGGCUGACAGAGACGCUGUUAAAGAAGUUUCAGAAAUCUGAUUUCAUUAAUGCAAAAAAUAAGAGCGGUCACACUCCACUCAUGUUGGCGUGCUUUACAGAUUCGGUUAUGGUGCGAGAGAUUCUCGACUUGCACCCGAAAGAGUAUGAUAAGGACGAAAACUAUUUUCAUUUGUUGUUGAAACGCGAUAUUAACUGGAUUGAUUCAUUCUUUGCAAUAGCCGAGAAACCGUUUCACAACGAUGUUGAUGGGAACAAAAGAACUUUUUGGUUGAACCAAAUCCGACUUGCACUAAACACCCAAAAUAUCCAUGGUGUCACACCGAUACAAUGUUUUGUUGAAAGAAGUCUUCAUCAAAACCUUUUCCGGUUGCGAGCUCUUUUUAAUGGGCCGGGUAAUUCUCAAGAAGAAGGUAGCGAUCGCGGUAGAGUUUUGGAUUAUCGUUUUCGGCCUGAAGAAACACUUAAAUCCUUCAAGGACACUGUUAACGGAGCAAACCCUUAUUUAUUGCAUAAAGCGGCGGCGGUGAAUAGCUACGAAGUGAUACAAUUUCUUGUUGAUCAGCUACAAAUCAUCAUCAAGCCUGGAAAUAGAAAUCUUGAAACGCCGAAUCUUGAAACGCCGCUUCACAUUGCCGCCAAAUACAACAAUGAUCGGGUUGUUAAAGAGCUGAUUGCAAAGUGUCAUAGAAAGAGUGACGUGCCACAACUUCUUCAAGACGAAGAUAACAUUGGAAUGACGGCAUUGCUCUUUGCAGCCUGCACAAACGCCUGGGAGGCAGCUAAAGAACUCAUCACAGCCUAUCGAGAGUAUUGUCCAGAGAUUAGCGACAUCGAGUUGCUUUUUCAUCACAACAAAGACGGAAACGAUAUGCUGAUUUUGGCUAGCGAAAAUCGCCAUCCUGCUUUUAUUAAGAAACUUCUCGAAGAACUAAAGGUGACAAACCUUCAUUAUCCUACAGUCAAUUUGAGGGAAAGUUCAAGUUUAUCAAGAUCGGAAAAAAGCAUGAAAAAGACUCCAUUGCAUUCGAUCGCAAAGUGUGGCUCAUUGGAGGGUCUAAAGGUACUGUUGAGUAAAAAUCCGAUUCUUAUCAAAAUGCUGGACCAUAAAAAUAGGUCCGUGUUACACGUGGCAGCAAAAAGUGGACAUUCAGCGCUGGUUGAAUAUUUACUUGAUCGAGAGGACGCAUCUCUGAUUUUAGACGAAAAAAAUGCCCGUGGUGACACUGCUCUUCAUCUAGCGGCUAGAGGCGUUUGUAAUCAAUUGUUGAAACGAGGAGCUAAAACAAAAGAUUGCACGAAUGCGGACAGAAUGACAGCAUUUGACUUGGCUAUUAGUCAUGGUCGACUCGAGUGUGUGAAAGUGUUAGUAAAACAUUAUAAUAUCAAUGGAGACAGCAAUGAUAGAAUGGCUCCGUUACAUUAUGCAGCUAAAGAAGGCUAUGAAAGUAUUGUCAGCUAUCUGCUUGCAAACGGGGCAAAACUUGAUCAAGAUUUUCUCGAUCCGCCAAUUCCCUUGGGAAAAACAGCACUCGAUGUUGCACUUGAUCAUCAGAAAAUUAGGGUGGCUGAAAUUUUAUUGGAAGAUAAAAGAGAUGAUUGGAAAAGUUUGUUACGUCGCUGUGUUUACAAACCAAACAAUGGGGAACUCGUGACGCCGAUGAGAAGAUUGAUCAAAGAAUUUCCCUCUUUAGCCAAACAAGUGAUGACCCAGUGCAUAAAACCAACAACACAUGAAGGUGACCGUCACAGUUAUGAUUUUGAGUUCAUUGAUGAUACGUUUAUGCUGCCAAAUAACGACUCUAAAGACAUUAACGACAACUCUAAAGACAUAAAGCCACUUAACUCUACAGACGAAGGUUAUCGGUUGAGCAACGGGACUGAAGAAGAACUCAUUCAACCGGACGGGCAUUUAAAUCCGAAAGCAAAACAAUACACGGAAAAUGGGAGCGAAAUUCGAGAGAAUCAUCCAUUGAAACUGAUGGCAAAGUCAGAAAACGUGGAAACAAGGGAACUUCUCAAACAUGAACUUGUAAAAGUUCUCUUAGAUUAUCGAUGGAAUAUUUAUGGCUACUAUGGAUUUUACUUAUGUUCUCUGCUUCCCUACGUUGGCUUUCUCAUUUCCUACAUUGGAUUAUUCUGUUGCACGGAUCAAUGGUACAAAGAGUUGAAUCGCACUAUUACUAGCAAUACCACUAGCUCAAUAACACUAUCUGUUGACAUGGAGAAUUGGCUCGUUGCAUGGUUGGUGUUAAUUUCUUUGCUCAUCUUGUUUGGCAAAGAGGGUUUUCAAAUAUCGAAAAUUGGAUGGAAUUAUUUUUCUCAUUUGGAAAACUAUGUUGAAUGGCUUGUUUAUAUAGGCGCAUCAAUUACAACAGUCUGGAGAUUUUGGGAACUACAUCAACAAAACAUUUUCUUCGAUGACAAAAAAGUUUUUACAAGUGAAUAUCUUCGAGGCACAGCUAUGAUUCUUUUCUGUAUUUUUGUUGUAUUAAUCGUUGUUUUACUUUCCAAUUUAUACACUGGUGUUGCUGUCGGUGACAUUGAAAAGAUUCAAAAGGAAACGGAAAUCAAUAAAAUGUCCGUCCUGGCUGAUUGUGUUCUUAUGCAAGGAACGCUGAUUAGUACAAUAAUGGAAAAACAGAAAUACAAAAUCACCGACUAUCAUAAAGAUAAAAAUUUUUGUCGUGAAGCUUGCAAGUUUAGAAAGCAAUGCUUUUACGCCUGUUAUGACUGGUUUUAUUUGUGGUUUAUAUCUAAUGUGCUGCGUAUUCAUUCAAGAGAAAAAAAGGAUGAAGAUCAGGGAUCCCAACAACAAAAUCAACGUCCCGCUUCAACAUCUUCUACGGAACAAAAGAAUCGUUCUUUAUCUAGACGAACAACUAAAUUCAAGGUAAAUCAACGUCGUGCUUCAACAUCUUCUACGGAACAAAAGAAUCCUUCUUUAUCUAGACAAACAACUAAAUUCAAGGAAGAGAAUUUCUACUCAAAUGAUCCCACACAAAAUUACUUGGCCACCAACUACAACAUGAUAAAACAGUUGAAACAUGAAAUGGCAACACUCUCCAAACAACAAGUCAAGAUGUUUGAAGUGAUCAAUAUUAUCAAGGAUGACUGGGUCACCAACUACAACAUGAUAAAAGAGUUGAAACAUGAAAUGGCAAUACUCUCCAAACAACAAGUUGAGAUGUUUGAAGUGAAAGUUAACAUUAACAAGCCUCAAGGCUUUUUGGCUGUAACAAUAAAAGAUGCGCAGCAACAAUUUCCCGAAAGUUCACCAGAACAACCAGCGCCUUCACAAUCGGAUUCGUGGGAAGCUGAAUUGCCAAUACUUGAAACGAUUCUGACCUCUCCAUCAAUUCUCACAGAAAAAAUAUCACCGUCUUUGAUUGCGAAACUAAAAAUGUCAAACAGCAAAAUUGAUUUGGCCGACCCAAAAACGAGCAGCUCAUCAAUGGAUUCAUCAAAAUCAGAUAUCACACAGGUUGGCACGCUCAAAGUGAAUGUGAUCGAAGCACCCGCCGACACGAAAGAUGAACAAAAAGCCUCGAAAGAAAAAGAACAACAACAGUCUUCCGAAAUCUCAGAACAAGAAAAAG